AUGACGGCCGUGAUUCCAUUUGGGAAGAAGGGAACGUUGAUCCCAAGGUUUAUUUUCCCAUUUGAGAUGUUGGAGAAAGUUGGGGAGGUUGCUUUUAGGCUUGUAUUGCCUCCUAGCCUUCUGGAAGUACAUCCGAUAUUUCACGUUUCCAUGCUUCGCAAGUACCAUAAGGAUAGGUCACAUGUUUUAGACUUCAUCACGGUGCAGCUUGAUGAGAAUCUGCCUUAUAAGGAAGAGCCAGUGGCUAUUCUAGACCGAUCUCGCAUAUGCGAGACAAUGCUCGCAUUUGCGAAGAUGGGCUGGGGCCGGGCAGUUUGCUUUUUUAAAGUAUGUGUCCUACUUGAGGACUAG